GCGCCCGCUCUGGAUUGCCAGUAUUGUGUGCUCUACCGUUCCCAACCGACUGGAACCAACCAACCUCCUCAGCUCCGACAAAGAUGGCGUUCAUCAAGGUCCUGGCUGUCCUGGCGCUGGCGGGCGUGUGCGCGGCCUUCCCCGGCGGCCACGCCGAGUCCUACGCGUCGGUGAUCCAGCACUCGCACCCCAUCCACAUCUCGCACCACGAGCCCAUCAAGCACGAGGAGGAGCACGAGCACAUCAUCCUGGCGCAUCCCAAGUACGACUUCAAGUACGGCGUCGAGGACUCGCACACCGGCGACUACAAGGACGCGAAGGAGGAGCGCGACGGCGACGUGGUGAAGGGCGAGUACUCGCUGCUGCAGCCCGACGGCAGGAAGCGCAUCGUGCACUACACGUCGAGCAAGCACGGCGGCUUCAACGCCAUCGUCUCCUACAGCGGCCACGCCAUCCACCCCGAGGUCCAUGGACACGGACACGGUCUCUGAAGCGGUGCAGCAGCAUCGCGUCACCCAUUCAUCAUCAACUCCAUGCAGCGCAUCGACCAAAGUCACCCAUUAACCUCAUCGUCAUCAAUCACGUUCAACGAAUCAUCAUCGUGUACAUACGCAUUUAUCAUUUCACCAAUAAAACGUAAAAGACUGAAUUAAA